AUGUCGGUUGCUACUGACUCUGCUUCCAAUAAACUUAUUUCAGAAAGGUUUCUAAACGCAAUCGUUCAUGAACAAGCACAGGACGUUGAAUUAACCACUAAACUUUUAAACAACCUACCCUUGAAGAAAUUGGUUUCCAAUGGUUAUGCACUUAAUAAUUUAGUUGUAGAAAAUAUAAGAACAGGGUUGGGUGGAAAACUAUAUGUGGAAUUAGCCCCAGACUCUGCUAUAUCUCAAGAAAUUACCAAUACAGGUGACUUUAAGGUUGGUGAUAUAGUCAUUAUAACUUCUUCCUCUUCUUCUUCACGUAGCAAUAAACUUAAAAAGACUGCACAGAAAACUUCAUCCAAUAAUCACAACAAUAAUGGUACCAGUAAGAACAAAAAUGGUGAUAUAAUUGAAGAGGGCGUAAUUUUUAAAAUUAAAGACAGUUUAAUCACCAUCUCAAUUGAUGAAGCCAAAGCUGAGCCCACUACUAUUUCUGACUUAUAUUCCUCUAAAAAAUUGCAUAUAAUUAAAACUACGAAUCAAAUUACUUAUACACGGAUGUGUUCUACGAUGAGAAGGUUGAAUGAGUAUGAAAAUUUGCCUAAUAAUGAAAUCAUGCAAUAUUUAUUAUGCGAGAGGGAAUUUGUUGCUCGAAAAAAUGCCAAUGAUGGUUCUAGUGAUUGUAGCAGUCAGUUUCAUAACGACCAAUUGAACACUUCUCAAAAAAAAGCUAUUGAUUUUGCCCUAAAUAACACGAUCAGCAUUAUUCAUGGCCCACCUGGAACUGGCAAAACUUAUACAUUGGUCGAAUUGAUUGCACAACUGUAUGACAGGGGGGAAAGAAUCUUGGUUUGUGGCCCUUCUAAUAUAUCAGUAGAUACCAUUUUGGAAAGAUUAGGCAAAGUUAUUCCGGGAAACGAAUUAUUGAGGAUCGGUCAUCCAGCUAGAUUAUUGGAAGCCAAUUUAUCCCAUUCAUUAGAUGUUUUGGCUAAAACUGGAGAGAAUGGGUCAAUUUUAAAGGAUUUACGUAAAGAAAUCGAUGAUACAAUUUUAAAAAUUAAAAAGUAUAAAUCAUACAAAGAUUUGAGAGAAGGUUGGAAAAUGGUUAAAGAAUUAAGAAAAGAUUUGAAAAGAAGAGAAAUAAAAGUAACUAAUGAUUUAAUUAUUCAAAGUAAAGUUGUGGUUUGUACUCUCCAUGGAUCAAGUUCAAAAGUUUUAUUGCAAGCUUAUGAUAUAGACCCCAAAUUAUUUAGUACAUUAAUUAUUGAUGAAGUCUCUCAAAGCUUAGAACCACAAUGCUGGAUUCCACUAAUUAGCCAUUACAGAUCAAACAUGAAAAGGUUAGUCUUGGCAGGCGACAACAAACAAUUGCCACCUACAGUGAAGACGGAAGACAACGAUGCUAUCAAGAAUACAUUGAGCAAAACUAUUUUUGACAGGUUGGAAGAUCAUUAUGGUGAUUCAUUCAAGCUUUUAUUAAAUGUACAAUACCGUAUGAAUAAAAAAAUUAUGGAAUUUUCGUCCAAAGAGAUGUAUGAAAACAAGCUUUUGGCGGCAGAUUCUGUUGCUAACAGACUAUUAAGUGAUUUGCCUGGUGUUGAUGUAGACGAAAACACAGAAAUCCCACUGAUUUGGUAUGAUACACAAGGAGAUGAUUUUUUGGAAGGACAAGAACGAGACGAUAGUGAUGGCAUAUUGAUUUCUUCCAAGUAUAAUGAAAAUGAGGCCUAUUUAGUAUUAAAACAUGUGAAGGAUUUACUCAAUAGCAAUGUUUUGCAAGAUCACAUUGGUAUAAUUUCUCCUUAUAGUGCUCAAGUAUCCUUGUUGAAAAGCUUGGUUCAUUCUAAGUAUAGCCAAGUGGAAAUAUCCACUGUUGAUGGGUUCCAAGGGAGAGAAAAAGAAGUUAUUAUCUUAUCUUUAGUAAGAAGUAAUGAUACGUAUGAUGUUGGGUUUUUAAGAGACGACAGAAGAUUAAACGUUGCAAUGACUCGUCCAAGAAGACAAUUAUGUGUAAUUGGUAAUAUGGAAACACUAGAGAGAUCAAAUAUUAAAUUUUUAAAAGAUUGGGUUUCUUGGGCUGAAGAAAACAUGGAAAUUAGAUAUCCAGAUAUUAGUGAGCUUUUGCAAGAUAACUGA